GUUCAUCAUCCAAAUUUUUACGUAUUUCUUAAUAGUUUAAAAGAAGAUUUUGCGUUCAAUACGGCUAUUAUAACACAAACUUCUGCCACUGGUGCAACACCAUCACGUAAAAAAUUAUAUGUUCAACGAAAUACACGCAUUCUUGUUUUGGAAAAAAGAUAUCAAGAACACAAAUUAACAUUAAAUGAAUUUCACGACCGAAUCAUGAAUAACAAUGAUUCGCAGGUCUUUGAACCAGAAGAGGAUGAAAAUGAUGAGCUCACUGAAGAGUGGGAGUACGAAGACAAGCGACUUAUUACUGUUGGUAUUUGCGCAAUGUCAAAGAAAGUUAAGGCAAAACCUAUGGAAGAAAUACUUAAUCGAAUAGAACAGUUUGAAUUUAUUAAAAUCAGUGUAUUCCCGGAUCCUUCUACUGCUGUCUCAUCAGGGCUUAACUCAAGCGAGCAGGAUGAUCAAAUUGAAAUUAAUGGAGAAGUAUUUCAUAAGCCGUUUGUAGAAAAACCUGUCAGUGCUGAAAAUCAUGAAGUUUAUAUCUAUUUUCCUGCUGCAGUCGGUGGAGGAAGUCAAAGAUUGUUUCGAAAAAUUGGUAGUCGUAGUAGUGUAUAUACCGUAGAGAACAGUGUUCGUACUGAUGGAUCGUAUGUUUAUGAAGAAUUUAUGCCUACAGAUGUGAAAGUGUACACCGUUGGUCCAGAAUAUGCUCAUGCUGAAGCUAGAAAGUCACCCGCACUCGAUGGAAAAGUUGAGCGCGAUGAGUUUGGAAAAGAAGUACGAUAUCCUGUAAUGCUUCGUGCUGAUGAAAAAUUAAUAGCAAUGAAAAUAUGUUUGGCAUUCAAACAAACUGUAUGCGGUUUUGAUUUAUUGCGUGCAAAUGGAAAAUCUUAUGUAUGUGAUGUGAACGGUUUUAGCUUUGUAAAGAAUGCAGUGAAAUAUUAUGAUGAUUGUGCAUCGAUAUUGGGACAUAUGAUUAUACGUGAAUUUUCACCAGCAUUAUCCAUCCCAUACGCAUUGUCAUUUCAACCAGAGGAUGCCCCAUUUGUUCCGACUGUUUUUGGAACUAGAAUGGAACUUCGAUGUGUAAUUGCCGUAAUACGACAUGGAGAUAGAACUCCUAAACAAAAAAUGAAAAUGGCUGUUUUACAUCCGUUAUUUUUUCAACUUUUUGAAAAAUAUAAAGGGCAUAAAACUGGCCAAUUGAAAUUGAAACGUCCUGGACAAUUACAGGAAGUACUCGACAUUACACGAACAUUAGUAAAAGAAUUAGAUGAAAAAAAUAUUGAGAAAUUUCCAAAUUUACCAGAAACAAAACCAAAAUUAUUACAAUUAAAAAUGGUUUUGGAAAUGUAUGGACAUUUUUCUGGUAUAAAUCGAAAAAUUCAAUUAAAGUAUCAACAAAAAAAGGUCGGAGUGUCUCCGAAAAAGUCAAGUAGCGAAGAUGAAUUGGGCGAUGUACCUACACAACCGUCUCUCUUAUUAAUUAUUAAAUGGGGCGGACAAUUGACAGCGGCUGGUAAAAGUCAAGCAGAAAAAUUAGGUGAAGCUUUUAGACGAAUGUAUCCAGGUGGUCAAGGCGUCGUUGGUGAUCGUCCCGAUGUUGGACUACUGCGUUUACACAGUACAUUUCGUCAUGAUUUAAAAAUUUAUGCAUCUGAUGAAGGCAGAGUACAAAUGACGGCCGCGGCUUUCACAAAAGGAUUACUCGCUCUCGAUGGUGAAUUACCGCCUAUAUUAGUUCAGAUGGUGAAAAGUGCAAAUACAAAUGGUUUACUGGACAAUGAUGCUGAUUCGAAGAAAGAACAGACACGAGUGAAAGAAACGUUACAUGAUUUACUAGCAAAAGAUCGAGAUUUUACGAAAGAGGAUUAUGACUUAAUUGCACCAUCUCGGUCCCGUUCAUUAGCAGCAUCAAUGGCUUUCAUUAAAAAUCCUGUUAAAUUAUGUAGAAAAGUUUAUGAGUAUAUACAUGAAAUGACAUUGUUGAUACGUUCAAAAUUGCUCAAAUGUGACGGAGAAGUUUUAUAUCAUUCGGAAACAUUCGAAUUGGUGUUAAGAAGAUGGCAUAAAUUAGAAAAAGAUUUUUAUAAUGCUCACAAAGAUCGUUUUAAUAUUAAUAAAAUUCCUGAUAUUUAUGAUUGUAUUAAAUAUGACUUGUUACACAAUAAAAAUGCUUUACAAUUUGUCCAUGCCGAGGAUCUAUAUGUUUGUGUUAAAGCAUUGGCUGAUAUUGUUGUACCACAAGAAUAUGGAAUAACAAUUGAGGAAAAAUUGAAUAUUGCACGCGGCAUAGUUACUCCACUAUUACGAAAAAUUAGAACCGAUUUACAACGUAAUCUAACAGGUUAUUGGGAAGAAGAGGAACAUAUUUUCCAGUUGGAUAGAAGAUAUUUGAAUCAAGAUGACAAUGAUAUGAAUACUCACAGUAAUUCUAAAGGAAUUCAAACACCCGGUCGCCAUGUUCGUACAAGAUUAUAUUUUACAAGCGAAAGUCAUGUACAUUCUCUUUUAAAUAUGAUACGCUAUGGUGGUUUAAUUGAUGUAGGUAGUGAUGAACAAUGGAAACGAUCUAUGGACUAUUUGGAUACGGUAUCCGAGCUAAACUAUUUAACUCAAAUCGUUAUUAUGUUAUACGAAGAUCCGAGCGAAGACAAUACUAGCGAACGUCGGUUCCAUGUUGAAUUGCAUUUCUCACCAGGUGCAUUUGCGUGUUUUGAUUCACCCGCUGAUCCUCAUAUGUUAAAUGUGAAUGUGAUUGGUGGUUGCGAUACGUUGCGUGGCACUGUGUUACCAAAAAGUACUCGUCAAGCAGCCCAUUCGCCACCACGACGACAAGAUAAUACAUCAGUGACAACAAAUGGUAUUACUGGUCAACAGCACCCUGUAAUUAGUAUUACCUCGCCAACUGACAUUCCAGUAUCCACGUCACCUCCAUCAACGUUAAAACUGACUCCAUCACCAACGAGAACCAAUUCAAAAAUUUUAAAACAGCGUUCAUUAUCAUCUAAAAGUUUAUCUCGAAUGAAUAUAUCGGAUAAAGACACGUUAAAAAACGAACCGAAUUCGACAACCCAACCAGUUCACAUCGAUAAGGUCACAAAAUAUCUUGGUAACGUGAUAAAACCAAGAAGUCUUGAAGAUAAUACUACGAACGAUUCAAAUUUGCAGCAAGUACCGUUAACAGUUCAUACUCCAUUGAAGAAAGAAACAACAUUAUCUCAUUAUAAUACGAUCCAUGGUUCUUCACCAGAAAAUCAUAAUUAUCCCUAUAUACCGGUGACAAGUUUAUUUAGUACAAGAGUGAUUUCCGGAGCAAAAAGUACUCCGGAUUUGAAUAAAAUAUUAGAACGAAAACAAGCUGGAAUCGUUUGUCCGUAUGUACAAUAUGUGAUACCACUCGAAACAUUAAAUACAAAUUUAAAUUAUAAAAUAUUAGAUGCAUUCAUAGAAAAAAUAACAGAUCCAGGUGGACGUUUUCUUCAACAAAUAAUUGUUAAAAAUACUGAUGAAGAAUAUCAAACUAAUUCAACACGUUUCACAGUGGAAAAUGUAAUAAGACGAGAUAAUGUUAGUGAACAAUCACCACACCCAUUUCGUUUUACAAAAUUAACCCAAUUUCCGAUUAGUACAAUUAAGGAAUCACCACAUGAAUUAAAUGAAUGA